AUGUCUGAAUUGGCCUCUCUUUCUACUUAUCUUAAAGGAUGUCUUAAACAAUAUCCAAACUUCCCAAAAGAAGGUAUUCUCUUUGAAGAUUUCCUCCCAAUCUUCUCAAACCCUGAAGAUUUCCAGAAGCUCAUCGAUGCUUUUGUUCUUCAUGUGAAGCAACAAUUUCCUAACCAAAAGAUCGAUUAUGUGGUUGGUCUUGAAUCUCGUGGGUUUCUUUUUGGCCCAACUUUGGCUCUUGCCCUCGGUGCUGGUUUCAUCCCAGUUAGAAAGCCAGGUAAAUUGCCAGGUAAGACACAUCAAGUCACUUUCAAGAAAGAAUACGGUGAAGAUACUUUUGAAAUGCAAGACAGCAUUAUCAAAUCUGGUAGUACCGUCCUUAUUGUCGAUGAUAUCUUGGCCACUGGUGGUAGUGCUCAAGCUGCCGGGGAAUUAGUUUUAAAGAACGAAGGCGCCAAGAUCUUGGAAUUUUUGUUCGUCAUGGAAUUAGAUUUCUUGAAGGGUAGAGACAAGUUGCAAGCCAACACUUUCACUUUAUUGAGUGGCCAAACCGAGAAAUUGCAAUAA